AUGAAAUAACUCAAAAUUAAUAAUCAGUUCGUCACUUAAAAGAAGAUUUCUUAAGGGUCCUUUGGAAUAGUUUUUUAAGGAAUAGAUUAAAAAAAUGGAAAUUAAGUAGCUAUAAAGGUUGAAAGACCAGAAAAUGAACACUUACAUUCUCUUGAUAAGGAAAUUGAAAUUUUAUCAAGAUUAUCAAAUAUUAUAGGAGUGCCAUAAAUAUUUUAUCAUGGUUGGGAGGAUUCGUAUAAUGUUAUUGUCAUGGAAUUGUUAUAGAAAGAUCUGGCUUCCAUCCUUAAAUAAAGGAAAAAAUUUAGUUUAAAAUCUGUUUUCUAACUAUCAAUAGAACUGGUUUUAAUAUUAGAAUAAAUACACAAACAAGGUGUUCUACAUAGAGACUUAAAACCUGAGAAUAUGAUGUUGGAUGAUAAAAAUAAGGUGUAUCUAAUUGAUUUUGGAAUAAGUAAAAUCUAUAUUCGCAAAAAUGGAAUUUUAAUGUAUUAUCUUAAAUUAUGAAAAAAAGGCCUUUUAAGGAUCGACUUCCUUUCAUAGGUACUUCAAGAUAUGCUUCAAUAGCAGCACAUAAAGGAUUUGAAUUAGGAAGAAAGGAUGAUUUAGAGUCAUUAUUUUAUGUUAUGUUAUAUUGUUUAAAAGGGUAUCAGCUUGAAAAUAGUAUUAGUUUAGUAAUUUACCAUGGCAAAACAUAAAGCAUGUACCUGAUGAUUAAAAGACUUAAAAAAUAGGAUAGAUGAAAGAGAAUAUAGAAGUUAAAGAACUUUUUAAAGAUUUACCAAUUGAAUUCAUAAAAAUUUAAGAGUAACAAAAUUAAACCAUAUUAAGGUAUUUGAGAAAAUUGAAUUAUGCAUCUGAACCAGAUUAUAAGACAAUUGUGAAUUUGAUUUAAUAAGCAGCUAAACAUGCUAAUAUUGUUAUGGAUCAUAAGUAUGAAUGGGAAACUUAAUUGUUUAAUUAUGAUAAAAAUAUGAAUAGAUAUGGAACUUUAUAAAUUGAUGAAUUGCCACAAAAGUAAUAUGAAAAGUUUUCUUCUAAUUUAUUAAAUUGCAAUAAUUUACUUGCUUAAACUCCUUCAAAAUUUUAAUAAUUAUAGCCUCCCACAACUAAAUAAGAAUCCUAAUAAAAUAGUUAUAGUAAUUAUGGCAGUGGGAAUCAAAAUUUAAGUAUAUAUAAUUCAAUGGGAAUCAUUUAUUAGAGAUCUAUAGAGGAAAUUAGUGAGGAAGUUUAAGAACCAAUUCCAGAUGAAUUGAAAAGUCACAAUAAGAUAUACUUAUAAACUUUGCCUGAUUAAUUGAAAAAACCAUAACCAUUAUUUAAAACAACUUAAUUUGAUGAUUAUGAAUAUUACAAAGAAGAUAACUUAUUAUCUGAAAAAUAUCAUAGUUUAAGUGCUUAAAUUACUACUAUAUUUUAAAUUCAUAAGAAAUGA